UAUUGCUGUCAAAGUAUUGCUUACACGAAAAAGUGAAGCUCUCGUGGUUCUGCAGAAAAUAGCGAUUUUCUCAGUUUUCUACACUCAUCGACGGAAUAAAAUAAAAUCAAACAGCACUCUCAGCAUUACAAUGAAGAGGUCAUUUGCGAGCACUUCCCGCUCUUCGCGGGAGUUUAAGAGUGCAGCCGAGAAUCCGCUGAAGAUGGCAAAGGAGGAACAUCAGGAGGGAGAGGGCUCCAAUCUGGUGUACGUCAUGGAACCGGAAUACCUAGAGCUGGAGGAGAACUUCGAGGAGGAAGUGGAGGAAGAGGUUGUGGAGCAGGAGUUCGAGCUGGAAAAUGGCGAGUGCGUCCCGGAACAGGACUUCACGUCGCAAUUGGCGCGCCUGGUGAAGAAUAACGAUUGCCCGAAUGACUUCACGGAUAAUUUGUUAAACCUAUUGCGCAAAAACGGACAUGCGGAUCUGCCCAGCGACAAGAAGAGCCUCGUGACGGAGCCGCCGCCGCCGAGUGACGACGCGACGCUGGCCAAGAUCCUGGAGAAUCAGCGAUUGAUGAUGCGCAACCAGACGCUCAUCAUGGAGCAGAUGAAGGCGCUGGCCAGAUCGCACGCCACGCAGCGCAUCCGACUCGCCGGAAUGUCCGAGCGACUGGAUAAAAUGUUCCCCAUGGAUCUGGGUAAAUCCAAUCACAUCUUCCCCGUCAAAAACCUAAAGGACUUCCUGUCUUUCGAUGAGAGACUUGUUGACGAUAACUUCAGAGCUAAAGUGUUUCCCGAAAUUUCCCGGGCAAUGCAGAACGGAAACUGGCUCUUCACGAUGGCCAGCGAUGAUGUCCUGCACCAUUACAACCUCAACGGAACCCGAAGCAAAAGAUCACUGAAGGAAACGAACCUUCUGAACAUUCUUGACGAAAACUUCCCAGAUAACGAAUUCCUACGGGACCGACAUAUUAUGGCCCUCAUCAGGACGUGUCAUGGAAGAGUGCAUACAAAGAAAUCGAGGUCAAGGUCAUCAGGAAUGCUUAAAAUGUCUGCCUCGAGGUCAUCAUAUAAGGAAGAAUUUACUGAUGAUUCAUACUAAGAAAUUUUAAGAAGAUCAAGAAUGAAAAGUGAAACAUUUGUGGCAAAUCUCUUUAUUGUGCUCGAAUCGCACAUUGUAUGUAAUUGAUUUAAUUCUAUAGAAUAAAGACUUUGAGCUCUUUAUCCAGUUGUUUAAUUUAUUUAAUCUUGCUGGUUCCAUUGCAAUUCUGAAAAGUGUAAAAAUUACUGAGUUUUACUUCGUUUGCUUCGUUCCAUGCAGAAAACACUCACUAUACACAAGAGUGAAAUUCGCGGAAUUUGUAUUUGUAAACAAAAACGGAGCACACAGAAAGCGCCAUCUUGAUGUGAGUAGUGUAUUUUAGGAGCGAAA